AUGUCGGGGACGGAUCCUUCGCCUACAAAUGGUUGGCAUGCUCAUCGUGAGACAAUACGUCAGCUUUACCUGGUGGAAAACAAAACACGCGCAGAAGUUCGAUGCAUCUUGAGCAAACCUCCGUACAAUCUGGAGACCACAGAAUGGGAGUUUGAGAAGAUCUUGAACGAUAUGAACCUCAAGAAGAAUAUCAGGAAGGAAGAUUGGCAGGCCAUUGCCUACCAUAUAGAAAAAAGGAAACAAAAUGGAUUGGCCAGUGACGUUUUUCUCGGUCCUCUCCGUGUCAAACGUCGAAAGGUCCAACAUGAGACAUCUCGCUAUCGAAGUACUUCCGUCAGCGCUCUAGCAGCUAAAAGUCCACGAUUGUCCGAAGGGGUGAUUAUUCGAACACCUUCCCCGACCUCUCAACAAUCUCGAGCCAUCUUAGCGCCAGUCCACGCAGCAAGUGUCAUGAACACAAUUAAUACUACGGAUAGCUCUAUACUAGCAUACCCUUUCACCACCGGCCCAUCAGCCUUCGACACGGCACUAGAAGACCUGCCAUUUAGCUACAAUCCCGAGGCUUUCGAUGACUCUGUGAUGCCCAAUAUCGAUUUCGAUAUCGAAUCUUUUGACGCAGUGCCUUUGAGCUGCUUUCGUAUCCCAGAUGACACAAGCACUCAUACAUUUGACUAUUUCGCACUGGAAGAGGCAGAGGAAUUCAUAGCUCUUUCUCAGGGCGAUUGGAACCUCGAACUUAGCAAUGGAGGCAAUGUGGAUACUGUUGUGUACUCCAACAAAAUCAUAGAAGUCGCUCUAUGCAUCCUAUCGAACAACGUUUCAGCCUUGAAUGGUGCUGGUCAGCUACUGGAGUGGAUCAGGAAACACACAUCAGUGGACCUUUUCAAACGAAUUUCCCUCUUGAAGUCUCACACCACAAGGACGAUUGCCGCUAAACUACUCGGUAUCGCGGUGGAAAGGGGGGAUUGGUCAAUAUUUCAGUUUCUCCUCGAUGCUGGCAUUGAGACAUCAUUACUUGCUGGUGCUGAGGGGGGAAGGUUGUUACGAAAGGCUUUAAGCCAUUCCAAUCCUAGGAUUGCGACGUUUCUGAUCGGGAAUCGCGCCGAUGUAAAUCCUUCCGACGCCGACUUGGGUCCGAACGAGUGCCUACCUCUUUGUAUCGCAGUACGAAAAGGUCAUACCGAGAUCGCACGAAAACUUCUGGAUAAUGGUGCGCACCUCAACCGAUGGUGCUCUGGCCCCCGUAUUGGUGGCACUCCUUUAAGAAUAUCAGUCCUUUACGGCCGAUUGGAUUGCGCUCGACUACUUCUAGAAGCUGGGGCAAAAGCGGAGAAGAUCUGCUUUGAUGGAAUGGAUGUGCUUGACUGGUGCUUCCUCAAGGACGAGACUACCUUGUACGAUUUGCUUCAAUCCUCGAUGUCCGACUCAAGCCCAGACUUCAGUAUAAGAGAUAUUCUCCUUUCAGCGAAAAAGGGAGUUAAAGGCCUGGAGAACUACCUCGAGAGGAAGAAAGGAAUGGGGUUGUCAUGUCUGACACGGUUGCUCGAGAGAGCAAUGCACGAGGGUUUUCGAUACUCGAGUCAUCGAUCAUCAGCUGUCACCCUUCUUGAAUACGGAGUGGACCCGAAUAUAAAGGAACGACGUACCUCUCUUCUUAACAUUGCUCUUCAAUAUGGCGAUUUAGAGCUAGCCACACUCCUCCUUGACAACGGUGCCGACAUUGUCUCGACUGGCGCUGUCACAAAGGCAGCCGAAUGUGAUUCGCGCCUUGAAUUUUUAAAUCUCUUCAUUUCAGAAUGCGAGGACCUGGAUUUACUUGGGGCCGAUCCCCUCGUGACGGCGAUUGAGAACGACAACUUCGCCGGAGUGAAAUUGCUUAUCAGAAGCGGGGUUCCCCUGAAUGAGCGGAAUUCAGAGGGUCGCUAUCCAAUACAAGAGGCGUGCCAGGGCGGAAACAUAGAUAUGGUUGAAUAUUUGGUCCAGAAAAAGGCCGAUAUACAUGCUCAGCCGAGUUCAAAGGAGUGCUUCACGGCUCUCCAUUUCGCUGUCGAAGGAGGUCACAUCGAUAUUGUCAAGUUUCUUUUGCAAAAUGGAGCGAACGUUGACUGCCAGAGCCAUGGAAGCCGGGGACGAACUCUGCUUGAGGUGUGCACUCAUAGAGAAUUGCUCGAGAAAGCGAAUUUCGACAGGGACGAAAUGUUCAAGAUUCUGAUUGACGCGGGUUCACCAAUCGAUGGACCACCAGUUCGAAGGUGUCGCCAGUGGAACUCUGCCCUAACCGGACUCAUCCUUGGAUCCGCGAAUGACGAGUUGAUUGAAUUGGCAUUCAACGCUGGCGCAGAUGUUAAUUCUCCUGGCUCCGGGAAAGGGGCUCGCUCUCCCAUACAAGCGGCCGCCCAAGUCGGGAAUUUGAGGUUGGUCAAGAAGCUUCUCGCGAAAGGCGCAGAUAUUAACGCGCCAGCUGCCGUUUUCCAUGGCAGGACUGCACUACAAGCGGCGUGCAGUCAAAAUGUCCCCAAUGAAGAGUUGGUCCGGUUUCUCUUGCAGAAUGGUGCGGAAGUAAAUGCCGAGGCUGGUAUCGACGGAGGAGUAACUGCAUUACAAGGCGCUGCGAUCCAAGGGCAUAUUAAAAUUGUUCUCUUACUUCACGAUGCUGGCGCUGAUGUCAAUGCUCCCCCUGCACCAAAGAACGGGAGAACUGCCCUCGAAGGGGCGGCAGAACACGGCCGCCUGGACACGGUCCAACUACUCUUGAACGCCAUCUCAGCAAGCGGGAAGACGUGGAGGGUGGGCUAUGACAGAGCCAUUAGACUUGCCAGAAAAAACAGUCAUUACGCUGUAUCAGAGCUACUUGAGUCCCAGCCUGUAGAACAGGUCAGGAGGUAA